UGAAAAAUUUAGCUGACCAACCACUGACUGGCAGUGGCAAGCAAACAUUUGUUAGGUGUCUCUCUGUGCAAGCAGAGAUAGGGAGCCCGUGAAUUGGCGGUGCAACCUGAAUUGCGUCCAUGACGGGGGACUUAUCACGUCAAAACCAUUAACGCUGGGAUAGGAUGACAUGGAAUGUAUUGAUCGCAUCGGGACAGAUGGGUUUGGAAGAUAUAAAAGUCAAGUCCUGUUUCGGACAGAAAGGUAGUUUGGGACGUGAGGUGCUCUCAUCAUGAAAUCUGUGGCUGUUUUGUCCAUCCUUGCUAUGAUGUGCUCCACCUGGAGCACUGAUGCCUUUCCACUGUACUCAGAUACAUCACUGGCAGCACAGGAAGGUAAGCUGUUACCGUUUCUUUUGUGCUUGUUUACCUUUGUGAAUGGUAUUUUGUGUUUAUGUGGUAUUGUGUGAUAUUAUUUAUAAUUAUGAAGCAUAAAACCAAUCUACGGACAGUCUGAAACAAGUGUUGAGGUCUUUAUUAGGACUUUAUUAGGAUUGUAUUAGUAUCUGUAGUUGUGCUGUUGUUGUCUCCUGCUCCUUUAAAUGGUCUAAAGUCUUCAAUCGUAAACUACUUCAUACUGGAUGGGGUGAUUACAUUAAUGCCAGAUAGUGAAAGGAAUGUCUUGAAUGUUUGUGGGGAAAGAACAGCUUUUCGGGAACAUCUGCAAAACGGUUUAAUAUCUCUGUGUUUACAGUUCAUGGAUAAGACAUUCAAGAGAGAUAAUUCCCAUGCUAGGGUAAAAUAUAAUGCUUGAUCAUUUAGAAUCUUCCCACCACCCCAGCCUAAUUAGCAGACUGUUACAAUCCUGCAAACCAAGACCUGGACUAUCUUGCAAUAUUUAAGGUCUCAGAGUUAGAUUUCUUGGCUCAUUGCGAGCCUUUGGCAGUUUGCAGCUUUUAUUGUUUAAUCUGAAUCAAUGCUCAUUUGUACGGGUGAUGCUGCAGUCCACACCCACGACAGCCCGCGGUGUAUUCAGUCUAUUUAGGAGACUGCUAUUCUGCCAUAUAAUGGUUUUAACGACCUCAGGGUUAUCCUGGAUGCAGGUUGUUUGCUUAUUUUAUCACCAGCCCACUGGUGGCGCAGCCAUUGGGCUUUAGAGAAAGCAAAUACAGGCUGAUUUAAUGAUGCCAUUGUGUCCAAUGCUCUCAGACCUGCUGGAGAAACUGGUGGAGGAGGUGGAGGAAAGUCAGAGCAGAGAUGUGGGCGAGGCAGGUGGAGUCAAAAGCAUCUACCCCCUCCUUCUGGACAAAGACAGAGAGAGUUUGGGGAAAGGCGCCAAACAAUCUUUAGAACAGGAGAAACUCAGUAACAUGGUGGAUGGACUGAAGGAAGUGGUCUUCAAGCUUGCGGCAGCAAACAAACUUCGCUCCCAAGGAUUCGUACGAUCUGAGCAGAGCUUGCCAAAAAACAAUAAAAGAGCUUGUUUCUGGAAGUACUGUGUGACGAACUGAAGGGAGCGUGACUUCAGUGGAGAGAAAACCUCCUGAGACCGUCUGUACAAAAUAACCCAUCACAUACUCAUCUUUUGCCAUAGCCAAUAAAUAGGUAUCAAACAUCCUUAACACAAUGACUGUUUUAUAGUGUUCAAAAGUUGUGUUAUAAAUAAAGGAUAUAUUUUUAAUGAAGUUGGGGGCGAUCUAGCAUUGACAUUAUAAAUAAACAAUCCUGGGUUAUUUAGGUUAAAUUAUGUAGCUGUGUGUGUUUAUGAGUAGCCCUGUGUUAAACAAAAUGGCGUUGUCAUCACAAUGUUUACUGAUUCUUCACUGCAAAGAUG